ACAUCAGCAAUGGCGGCGGGGGUGACGGAGGUUGCGGGAUCCCGGGAGAGGCCGCGGUCGUGAGGCAUCGUCGCGGCCCCCGCAGUUUCCAGCGAAGAAACCAGGUUAGGGGACCGAGGAGCCGACUGCUUUCUUUGGCAACAAGCGUCCCUCAGACAGCUCUUCCAGGAAAGAGCGCCUCUGGGACCGGAGUCUAUUCGUAGUCGAGCUGGGGACAUUUCUCCUCUGUCUGAGCCUGGAAAGAGAAGCUGUUGGGCCAAAUUCUGAUUUUUAGCUCGGGGUUAUAAGGCUCCACCGCGCUCUUCACCCCCCUUCCCUCAAGAGCCAAGCUGAGUACUUAGACUCCUUCUCCCCUUGCGCCUUUCCUGGCUGUAUCCUCGCGGAAAUUAGGCAGCGCAGCCGGUCGCUUGCCUAGUGGAGACGGAGGUUCCUUAGUGCUUUUCCUUAGUUGGACAGAGAAGGUUCCCUUGUUAAAUAUACUGAUUUCUCUGCUACCUGAAACUGAGAAGAUCCUCAACAAGAAGAAAGGAGGCGUCUUCCAUCCUGUAUCAAGUCGAGAGGUCGAGAGGAAGAGACGCCAAACGAAUAUGGCCAAGCAAAGAGGCUAGGAUAAGCCUCUGGGUUAAUCCCGGGAUGAAACCACGAAUUGUCAGCCUCUCUAGUGCAGACUUUCAUAUGCAAUGGAUACUGACCUCAGCUCCCAGGACAGGAAGGACUUGGACAAGUUCAUAAAAUUUUUUGCUUUGAAGACCGUACAGGUGAUUGUGCAGGCCCGACUUGGAGAAAAAAUCUGCACUCGCUCAUCCUCCUCCCCAACAGGCUCUGACUGGUUCAACUUGGCAAUCAAAGACAUACCAGAAGUUACUCAUGAAGCAAAAAAAGCUUUGGCAGGACAGCUGCCUGCUGUUGGGCGCUCAAUGUGUGUGGAAAUUUCUCUUAAAACCUCUGAGGGAGAUUCCAUGGAGCUGGAAAUCUGGUGUUUAGAAAUGAAUGAAAAAUGUGAUAAAGAAACCAAAGUUUCCUACACUGUGUAUAACAGGCUGUCUCUACUGCUGAAAUCUUUGCUUGCUAUAACAAGGGUGACACCAGCCUACAGACUCUCAAGGAAACAAGGUCAUGAAUAUGUCAUAUUGUACAGGGUAUACUUUGGAGAAGUGCAACUGAAUGGCUUGGGAGAAGGAUUUCAGACAGUCCGAGUUGGGACAGUUGGUACUCCACUAGGCACAAUCACUUUGUCAUGUGCCUACAGAAUCAACCUAGCAUUCAUGUCUACCAGGCAGUUUGAGAGGACCCCACCUAUCAUGGGGAUUAUCAUUGAUCACUUUGUGGACCGUCCCUACCCCAGCUCCUCACCCAUGCAUCCCUGCAAUUACAGAACAGGUGAAGAAAAUGCAGUGGCAUAUCCAUCAGUAGAAGAUUCUCAAGAAGUAUGCACAACCUCUUUCUCUACUUCUCCCCCAUCCCAGUGUGUAUUUACUGUCACUAAAGCACAUUUUCAUACCCCUCCUCCUGUGGUGAUGGAUACCUUGAAGGGCCCUAUGAUGGGGCUGGCCUUUUCACAUCAACUCUCCAGCUCUCGUCUUUCUUAUCAGCCUGCAGCCUUGGGAGUUGGAUCAGCUGACUUGGGCUACCCAGUAGUCUUUGCUGGCGGCUUGAGUGCUACACAUCCCCAUCAGUUGGUAGUUCCAGGAAAGGAGGGAGGAGUGCCCCUGAUUCCUAGCCAACCGAUGCAUGGCACCCAGGCAGAUCAUGAGAAAAUAAUGACAUGCACUCCCCUGGAUGGAGGCCACUAUUCGGCAGUUACUCCAUCAAGUAGUGAGGAUCCAGAAACUGUAUCGAACAGCAGUGAAGGAAAGAGCGGAUCUCCACGUGAUGCCUUGGAGACCUUCUUUGUUCGAAAGGUGGGAGCCUUUGUCAACAAGCCCAUCAGCCAGGUGACAAUGGCCAGUUUGGACAUUCCUUUUCAAAUAUUUGCUCCCAAAAGCUUUGAACUAGAAGAUAACGAUCCCAUGGUAAAUCCUCCUGAUUCUCCAGACACAGAGUCUCCCUUACAAGGUAGCCUACACUCAGUUGGUUCCAGUGGCAGCAGCAGUGGGAAUAUCCAUGAUGAUUUUGUUAUGAUAGAUUUUAAGCCAGCAUUUUCUAAAGACGACAUUAUCCCCAUGGACCUAGGGACUUUCUAUCGUGAAUUUCAAAAUCCUCCUCAACUCAGCAGCCUCUCCAUUGAUAUUGGAGCUCAAUCCAUGGCAGAAGACCUGGACUCACUGCCAGAGAAAUUGGCUGUUCAUGAGAGGAACGUCAAAGAAUUUGAUGCGUUUGUAGAAACCUUACAGUGAAAUUGAACCAAGCUAGAACAGCAUCGUACGUCCUCUUCGGCACUCUGGAAAAGCAGGCCUAUACAUUUUGCACCUGCCUCUUCUUUCGAGUCCUGUUAUGUUGCAGCAACAAUUUCAUUUGCUUUCUGGGCUUUAUCCAAUGCAGAAACAAAUGUGCAUCCCUUUGAACUGACCUUGUGAUGAAUUAAUUAAUUUUCCUUCUUGUUACAGUUGGCAUCUGAAGCAGUACAGUGAGGAACAAAAUGAUCACUUCUGCCUUUUAUUAUCUCAUCUGUAAUGAUUGUCUAUUCCUUCUGCUUCCAUCACCCAUUGUCUCUUUUCACUUGAUUCAACAGAACCAUCAACUGAAAGGAACAAAACAAACAGAAUAAUCUAUGCUACAUUGAAUCCUGAACACUAGCACUGCAGAAUUAGUCUAUUUUCAGUCUGUUUCAGAGGAUAAUAGUCACUUCUAAUGCUCUAAAUAAUGGAAACAAAGUGUUGCACAUCAUUUUUUUCCCCUGCUGUACAGUUGGGAAUUAAUCCAUAAGAGCAGAAAAAAAGUGCUUCUCAUAUAUUUUUCCACCAACAGAGUCAAAAACAAUGCCUGCCUAAGACUAGACAAAAAGUCUUGUUGCUUUUGAAGAAGGUUCAGAGUUCAUGGGGUCUUCUUACAAUUGCUAAUUGUAAAUACAUAUUAGUGAUCCUAAUUCUUUAGGAUUACUUAAUUAGGGAUCUUUAGUCCAAAGUUUUUACAGAUGCUGCUGCUCUAUGUUAAGAGAAAUAAGAAAUAUUUAUUAUUCUAAAGGAAAUUAUAUUUAAAGAAAAAUUGUAUGUUAUGUUUUCACAUUGUUAUAUAGCCAUAGGCUGCUGUGUUCUUUUGUCACUGCAAAAGUGCUAUGAACAACCUUACAAAGAAUGAGGGCAUCUUCCUUUGGUUUUUGUUUGUUUUUUUUUCAAAAGUGGAAAUGUUGUGCUGGGAAAUUUAUCUUUCUCAGAGAUUGACUUGAUUUCAUUCUACCCUCUUGGGGAGGGGUCUAGAAAUGUCAUAAUUAAGAUAUGUGCUCUGCUGUAGUGAAUUUGCAGAGUUCUAAAAAGUUAAGCUCUGUCAUAUUUGUAAAAUAAAUUUACUAUAAUCUGCGAUGAGUUAGAAAGUAACUUGGUAUAGAAGUAACAUUUUACGAGAUUUACGGUACUUGUUCUAUCGUACAAUGUUUUGUUUAAAGUUGUUUUUCUAAUGAGUUAGGCAUUAACUAAUGCAAUCGACUGGCAUUUCUAUGUGUUCUGUUUGCUCCAUAUUCCACACCAACUAUGAGGAAGGAAGGAAAAAGACACUUAUAUGAGUUUAGGGAUAAAUUAGGCUCUGGGAACAAGUUCUUCCUUUCCACUAUCAAAACCAGGCUGAGAAUUCACCUCUAUGCAUAUUUUAAUUGGAGCAAGUAUUUUUAAACUUUAGGAAGGUAUUUUUAAGUAAACCUGUAUAGAAUUGGACUGCCGUAUACUGUAUUGAAGAGAGAUCAUAUCCCCUCAUUCCUUCUGUCUUUCAUCUUAGAUGCUUUUGUAUGAGUGUUGCCUUUAGAUAUGAAGGAUAUUUAUAGUUUAAAAUAAUGGAAUGUUGACUAAAUGCUCUGCUCUUAAUAGAUUUUGCUUGCUUGGGGUCUAAGACGGGGUGAUAGGGAGGGUAGAUUAUUAGGGCAGUAUACAUCUUUCAGAUAGGCUCUGGAAUUUUCUGUUCCCUACUGCUUUGCUGAAAUGAGCAGAAAAUUAAACCUUUUGUCUUCUAGCAUGUAGUUUAUCCUAAUGCCUCAGACGGUAAGAAAUUUACUUAAAUUGACCGAAAAAUAUCUUUAAAGUUUAUUUUCAAAGUACUUGUGAUAUUGUUAUUCAUUAUUGGACCACUGAAGAACACACAUCUAGGUUCAUACCUAAAUUGCUCCUAAGUAGGGUGUGUGGGCUUGUUUUGGGGCUGAGAAUGAUAGUAACAUCAAAAUUACUUCAAAAUAGGUUGCCAGAAAGAGCUUCCAACCCACAGUCAUAUCUGCAUAAAAUAGGGCUUGAUUUCCCAAACCUUUUAGCUUUCUAAUCAAAACAUUUUAUGAAUAUGAGGGGGGAAGCAUUCCUUGUUAUUAUUCAUGAGAUAUCAGAUGAUGUAGAGCUAUUUAUCUGAACAGGCUUUUUCACCAUUGACUACAGGAGAGCCUAUUCUUGUAAAUGAUAGUAAGGUAAGGAAAUUACUUGUGUUUCUACUGUUUCUAAUGUUCCUAAAAGUCAUUUUUCUGCCAAAACUAAUUUUUUUUUUUUUUUUGCAAUUUACCUUGACAUUUAUGCCACGGCAUUUAUUUUGUUCCUGCUUCAUUUUCACAGUAAAAUGCUGUAACGAUUAAAGAAAUUUAGUCAACUAUAGGUAGUCCUCAGCUUACAACCAUUCAUUAUUGACAUUUCAAAGCUAUGACGGCCUUGGAAAAGUGAUAUUAAGGCCCAUCCUGUAAGCUGCGACCAUCGCACCACUGCCGCAGUCACACAAUUUGGGUGUUUAACACUUGCAGUGUCUUGCAGAUUCAUUGAAUUACCAUGUAAUUUGCUUACCAUAGUUAAAAGUGGACAUAAAGUUGGGUCCAGUCACUUGAUGACUCACUUAACAACGCAUUGCUUAGUGACCUAAAUUCCAGUCCCAAUUGUGGUCGUACAUUGAGAACUACCUGUAACUAUUUAUUCUCAUAGUUUAAAAUUAUACAGAUAAAAUAAUAUAACUACAAGUCUCUUUGAAUAGAAUUUCAAGUUACUCAUGUUGAUAUUCAUUUCUUGUUCAGUGAUUUUCUUACACUGAAAUAUGUGCUGGAUUGUAAUUUAGUGGUAUGAUUCUGAUAUUCUACCAACAGAAUAGCCCUUUGAGAACAUCACAGAUUUGGGGUUCUUGCGGGGGUAGGAAAUAGCAAGAAGUACGCUUACAUAAUAUUAUAAGAUGCUGUUGUCUCAGUCCUGGUUUUGUUUAUUUUUUGAAGACAAUCUUACUGGUUCUGCCUAAUAAACACAUCAACUUACUAUCCUACAUAAAUCCUCUUAUCAGGGAUUCAGUUAUAGAUUGUCAGAGGAUACAUUUCUAAUUACAGUGCUGUGAAUCAGAAUUGAUACGUUGUAAGCAAUAUUCAAAUGCAUCAACUGAAUAAGGUUCCUCCCCUGCAUUUGUUUGGAAACACUAUUCAAAAUAUUCCACUACACUUUCAUAUAAUUUCCAAUAAAACAUUUGUGCUAUUUUAAAUUCAUCUGUUCCACUGUCUUUUCUACCCAAACUUCAGAUUUUAGCAAGGCAAGAUAAACAGCUAUCUUCCUGUUAAAGCCCCCAAACUUCUAACUCUUCAGCUACUCUUUGUAGAAUUGCCAUUUUCAUAUCACCUUUCCCAACAUUUUUUUCAGAAAUAUGCCUCUCCAGAUUCAAUAAUAGCGUAUGAAUGCGCAGGAUUGUAUGAGCAGACACACACACACACACACACAUCAGCUAUGAAACAAGUAAUUUGGUAAGAUUUUCUAUGACAUCCACCUUGUCUCCCUUGCAGUUUAAUGAAAUAGUAGAAAUUUGAUAAAUUAUACUGCUGACUCUAGAGUAUUAGUACUUGAGAAAAAAUAAUUCAGAUAUUCCAAAAGCAAUCUACAGAGAUUUGCUGUUGUCUUCAUGAAAGACUAGAAGUGUCAUUUAGAACAGGAGAGAAACAUGUGCUCAAAAGCCAUCUAGAGUGAUAGGAGGCAGCAUAUGCAUGUGUAAGUACAUAUAUAAAUAUAGCUAACAAACCUGCGAUAGAGGCCUAGCUUUGUCAAUAUUUACAUCAAUAAGAACUUUUAUACUUCUGCAGAAUGGAGGCAGGUUGAUUUAAUUAUGCUAUCAGAUUUUCAUUUGAGGUUGGCAAGGAUCUUUUGAUGGGGAUUUAUUUUUUUAAUCAUUUAUAUAACUACAUUAUUAAUAAAUAUAUGUGCUGAUAAAA